GGGCCACCCCGGGCCGAUGGGAGACGUGGGACCGCAUGGACCUAAGGGGGGCAAAGGAAUGUCUGGUUUUGAUGGCGUCAUGGGACCACGUGGUUUCAGAGGCCCAGUGGGAGUACCCGGGAUGCCAGGCAAGGAUGGUAAAACGGGAGAAACUGGUCCCCCUGGAGAAGAUGGCAUGCGCGGGCUUCCUGGCUGUGACGGCUUGCACGGAGUCAGUGGAGAGCCGGGGUCACCUGGUGUUCCGGGACCGAUGGGUCCUCCAGGUCCUCCAGGUAAAGGUGUACCGGGUAAUCCCGGAUUCCCAGGCCUGCCCGGCCUACCAGGGAACUACACCACAGACGGGGCACCCGCUCGCUUCAAUAGGAUUACCAGGAUUGCCAAAGGCCUGAAAGGGGAAAAAGGAGAGCGUGGGUUGAGAGGGCCUUACGGAUGCCCAGGGUUCCGCUGCCCAGCAGUUAACGGUUCCAGAGGUCUUCCCGGACCUCGUGGGUACGAAGGGAAAGACGGCCUCCCUGGUCCUCCUGGCCCUCCAGGUAUACCCGGGACACCAGAGAGGUCAGGCUGUUUUAAGGGCCUAUUAGGACCCCAGGGAAUUAGGGGGCCAAUUGGCCCUCCAGGACGUGACGGAGCCCCCGGAAUAAAGGGUUCCAGAGGCAGCCCUGGGAUCGGGUCCCCUGGCUGUAAAGGAUCGAAGGGAGAAGAGGGGAUGGUUGGUAUGCCAGGACGCUCGGGUCGAGAUUGUCUCCCGGGGACGACACUACCUGGACUCCCAGGCAAACCAGGGCUCCCCGGGCUACCAGGGCGGUCAGUUAAAGGCGAAAAGGGCUAUCAUGGAACUAUUGGUCCGUCAGGCAAGCGUGGUCGGAAGGGCGACUCCGGGAAACGGGGGCCUGUUGGUGAAAAGGGCGAAAGCGGGCCACCGGGGGGACCUGAAGUAGGACCAAUGGGACCCCCUGGUCAGAAGGGAGAACCAGGGCAGGGAACAAAGGGUGAACCAGGGCUCAGAGGAGUUCCGGGGGUGAGUGGCGAGCCUGGGAGGGACGGGCUACCCGGACUGGAUGGUGAGGAUGGACUUCCAGGAGCACCCGGAACUCCUGGUGAAGGACUUUGGGGUAUGAAAGGGUCGAAGGGCACACCUGGGUCCCCAGGGUUGACAGGGGAGAUGGGGUUCCCGGGGGAGAAAGGGGGGAGCGGAAUUGCCGGACCCCCGGGACGGCCUGGUCCUCAAGGCCUGCAAGGUCAAGGUCUCCCCGGGCUAGACGGUCUCAAUGGAAUCAAGGGGAGCAAGGGGACGCCAGGUAGGGAGGGCUACCCUGGGGAACCGGGCGCUCCAGGGGAGAGGGGAGAAAAAGGGGAGUCUGGUGUAUCCACCAAUGGGAUCAAGGGGGAUAAGGGAGACGCUGGCGAAGGUCUAAACGGCAGGGACGGGGCGGAGGGAACCCCUGGUAUGAAGGGGACCAAAGGAGCUAGAGGUCUGCCCGGAGAACCAGGGAGGGACGGAGAACCGGGGACAUCAGCAUCGGACAGUGCACCAGGGCUGAAAGGUGAAAGUGGCUUACCUGGGCUGGACGGAGAGAGGGGUUACCCUGGUCCAGACGGUCCCCAGGGACCGCCAGGGGACCCUGGCGUGAAGGGGGAACAAGGUCUGCAGGGAUUACCGGGUCUAUAUGGUCUGGAUGGACAGGAUGGCCCUCCCGGCCCUAAUGGACUUAACGGCGAGCCGGGGGCCCCGGGGUUGGAUGGGGAGAAGGGUGAGGCAGGGGAACCAGGACCCCGGGGCUAUCCAGGGGAGAUGGGAAUGCCGGGGGAACAGGGGUAUGGUGUGGAGGGACCGAAAGGAGACAAGGGGGAGCCCGGAGAUGACGCCCAGGGUUUGCAGGGGGAGCCGGGGGAGCCAGGUCCCGUGGGUCAGACUGGGCUGCCAGGCCUCCAGGGGCUGCCUGGUGAUGACGGACAGAAAGGAGAGCGGGGGGAGCCUGGCUUUGGAAUGAGGGGCUUCAAAGGUGACAAAGGCAUGGUAGGGAUGGGCAUGCCCGGCCCUCGUGGGGAGAGGGGUGACCCUGGAAUUAUGGGUGAGGUCGGACCACGAGGACCCCCAGGACCAGCGGGUUUAGGAGAACAGGGAGAGAAGGGUGAGGCAGGCGUUGGAAUUCCCGGCCUCCCAGGAUCCAAGGGGGAGCAGGGAGAAGGGCUGCCAGGCCUGAGAGGAACACCAGGUUUCCCCGGCCCCUCCGCCUACAUCUACGUCCGUCACAGCCAGGGCCAGGUCAUCCCAGCCUGUGUGACCCGACACCCCUCACUAUGGACUGGGUACAGCAUCCUUCACACAGAGGACGAGGGGCGGGCUCAUUCUCAAGAUCUGGGCCUGGGUGGUUCUUGUGUCAGCCGAUUCAGCCCCAUGCCAAUCCUCUUUUGCAAUAUCCACAACGUCUGCAACUACGCCAGUCGCACCGCCACAAGCUACUGGCUGUCCACAAGGGAGGUAAUCCCCAUGAUGCCGGUAGAGGGUGCUGCAAUGUUGACGUAUAUCAGUCGGUGUACAGUUUGCCAAGCUCCCGCGCCAGUCAUUGCUGUUCACAGUCAGACGACACAGAAUCCCGAAUGUCCGCAGGACUGGGUGGAGCUGUGGACGGGGUACAGCUUUGUCAUGCAUGCCGUUGGAUCAAUGAGUGGAGGACAGCCUCUAGCAAGUCCGGGAAGCUGUUUGGAGUCUUUUUCAACAAACCCAUUUAUAGAAUGCACAAGCUCAGGGCAGUGCCACUACUUCUCCGACAAGUUUAGCUUCUGGCUGGCUACAGUACCGGACAGUAAUAACUUCAACCCCUCUCAGGAGACGCUAAAAGCCGGACAACAUCUCUCUCGUAUCAGUCGAUGUAAAGUUUGUAUGCUGACUGUUCCCGUUUGAGAAUCAAUCGGACCUCAGGCUAAGGUUUGAAGCCACAUGGUUGUUGUCAGGGACAAAUAAAGAGGGGGUAAUGGUCAAUGAAUGGAGAAUGUGAAUGGACUUGUGUUGACAAAAAGUCAGGUAUGUCGGUUUGAUGGACAGGACGAUGAGGGUUUUGAUGAUAAGCUCUGUUACCGAAUAUUUGUAAGUUGUUUUCAACAGAAGAUUCCUUGUUCCAUUAAUAUGAAAAUGUUCUUUAUUUUCUCUUCGGUGGCAUAUGGUAACGGCAGACGCUUGUUCUGUUUGUCAGAAACAAAGAUAUAUUUGUAAAAUAACUAUGAAUCGCACUGUGUUUAUCUCACCUCCACAUAGUAACAUGAUCGUUGACUACUGUAAUUUACCAUUGAAGGAUUACUAACAGGCAUUCUCCCCGACGGCUACUACAAAACCAAAGAUAUAUGUCGGGAUGUGUGCAGUCUUCUCACAAUACUUACAGUACCCUGUACAUGGCAUAACCCGUAAAGGCUGUAUGAACACUGAGUUGUAUCUUCAUCGUGAUCAGUCGUGAAGACCAUGGGAUUAUGCCCGGACUGUCGACAACAAGAAAUAAUCUGUCCAAAUUACUUGUCGACAGUCCGGGAAAAGGUAGGUGAUGUUCUA